ACCAAUAUGUUUGCUUUUUCUAAAUAGAAAUACUAAAUUAAAAAAAAUAUAUAUAUAUAAUGUACAGUUUCGUCAUAAUAUAUGGGACAAACUGAAAAACAAUGGAGACAAAUUACAAAUUAAUAUAAUUUAAAUAUAUAUUCAACACAUAAUAAUUAAAUCUUUCUUAUAGCCUUUGAUAGUAAUGAUAAUAAAUAUACUUGCAGAAGAUUUAAUCAGAGUACUUCUAUAGUUACCUAUAGCUGUGCUGUUUAUCUUAAGAAAUUAAAUGCUAAAAUAAUGGGAGCUUUACCUCUAAAUGAGUAAAUUUGACCUAACUCAUUAGAGCUAUACUAAAACUUGCUGAUAAAAUUAUCUGUGAUAACAAAAUUAGUGAUAGGAUAGAGUGAAAAAAAGCCAAAUAGCAAAGAUGCUAAAAAUAUCAAUGUAGAUGCCCAAUUUAAAUAUCUAAAGUUUAUUUGUCUUUCUAUACCUAAGCACCUUGUACAUGUAAAUUUCAAUCAUAAGUAUCAAUGCUAAGAUGAUAAUUUCUUGAAAUCGGGAAAGGUAUAUUUAAUGAAAAGC